UCUGCCAAUGCAUCGAUGACUAAUUUGCUAUUACGAUAAACUGCGAUAGGACUUACACUGCCAUUGUUGCAAUCACGUAAUAUUGCCGUACAAUGCAGGUGGAGUACCGACCGGUACCGAUAGUUACUGUGGUUUUGACUUUAUUAAAGUAUUAUUAUAGACGGCAAACCUUCAGGAAUGAAGAGGCAACAAAAGAAAAAGAAGAAGAAAGAGCUAUUUAUAGAAGAGUAGAUCGAUAUGCAGAACAUAGUGAAGAAGGAGAGUUAUAAGUAGGGAGAUAACACUAACAAUACUUGAAUAUUUAAAAUCAUUACAGCGUCUUCAGGGAUAUCGUGGCUAAAUAACAGAUACAGUUGAGGAGUUUUCGGGUUGGUGAGGUUACAGGGUUGAUGAGGUCCGAUAGGCAAUCGCUCCAUAUGAACACUGGUACCCAUGGAAGCUGACCCAUGGGAAAAGACGAGAGUUCAUUUAUGGCGUAAGCUUUACACGUACUGCAAACUAACACAGGUCCAAUAGAAAUACUAGUGAAUCUAAUAAAAUUGGAUACCACGCAUAAAUUAAACGCUAAACAAACAUGAGUACAGUGUACGAUAUAAAUUCCCCCAUCAGUAACAUCCUCUCUCGCAGAUCCAUCUCAAUAUAACUAACAUGUCACUGUGUGUAAACAUGCGACAUAGAUCAUUUACACAAAGAUAGACUAGACAUAUCGUCCAUCUGUGCUUUCUAUGGACUCAAUUCUGCCUACUAAGUUUUAUGGGCACUUUGUUUUUACCCUGGUUAUUCAGUGUUCCCAUUUUAUAGGAGUUUUAUAUGCGUUUUAUGUAAAAUUAUAACUAAGUUUUUAUAUUAAAAAACUACAGUUUAAAAACUAAAACUUCUAACCAAAAUAAAAUCUCAACUGCUUUCCAUUCACGUAGCGUAAAUUGGAUCCGAAACUGCAUUAAACUCUGCGCAGAAAUUAUAUUCGUGGCAGUUUUAAAAACUUUUUCCAACGUUUCAUUUGUAUAUCUGACAGUAAUCCCUCGGCUCGGUGGUACACCACGUGUCAACAAUUUUAAUAAAAACUCCACACUCGGAUUGUGUCUUGUUUUAUCACCUCCAUUCGUUGACACAACGUUUUUGCUGAAUUUCUGAAUUCUAUGCGCUUUUAUGGUCGCCUAUGCAUUGUUUACUGUCCUUUUGUGGUUGUACAAUGAAUUUGUUAAGGCUAAUUGUAAACUAAUUUCUUUUGGUGUUUUGAAUACUUCUGAGUAAUAGAUGACUCAGCUUAGUUGAAUAAAUGACACUCUUAAAUGAUUAAUGACUGAUGGAAUUACAAAGACUUUAUAGCGGGUUUACAACGUAAUUAUUAAUUACUUACCAAGUCAUAGUGGAAAAUAAAAAAAAGAAAUAAUAAUCUAUGAAGCUAUUUGCCUCACAGAUGCAAAGCAAACAACUCCACUAAAGUUUCUAACCUCUAACAACUUUAUCUCAACACGAGCUUAUAAACAUUGUCUCGUUCAUCUCUUUCUUCGCAAUACCUCCGUCCCACUCACUCGCGAUGUUUACAAUUUUCCCGCUCGCCGCUUCAGUCGCGCGGUAGUCGCACGCGCAAGUGCGCGCACCGAUCGAUUUUAAAUCGAUUUGUUUUUAAUCGAGUAGUGUACGUGCGUGAUAUAGUACCGGUGACAAAGAUCCAUUGUUUUUGCAAAUUGAAACGACUUGAGUGCAUUCCAGUGUGUGGUGGUUUUUUAAUACAGUUUUUUAUUGAUGAGUUCUUUGAGAAGUGUUAUGUGACAGUUUUAGUCGCGUUUGAUUGUGUGUUUUGACUGUGAUAGACGAAAAAUAACAUUCCAUAAUGCGUCGAAUGAAAAUGAACAUCGAUCCUGAUCUCGGAGACCUAGAAGAAAUGCUAGCUCAUGUUCAGAAUCAAUUGGAACAUGAAAUAGAUUUAGAAAAAGAAUCUAAAAUGCCAUCUUUGGUGAACAUACAGGAGUCCCCAAAAAUGGCUAAAAGGACCUCUUCAUUUAAUAGGACCGAUAGUUUUGAGUACCGAAGGAAUGCGCCAAGACCACCUCCAGCUAGGACGGAUUCUGGCAGUCGUUCCUUAAAUGGUAACUUCGGAGAAUACAGAAAUGGAAAUGAUGAAGAGCAAUACUCUCAACCAGAGACCAAUGGCAAGUUCAAAGGUUCCCAAACCAGUUUGAAAUCUGAUGAAGGCUCGCAAAUAUCCUUUCAGUCUUUUCGAUCGGAGCCUGUGUCUAGGCAUUCGGUAAUGAGUUUGCAAGAGAAAAGGGGAUCUUAUGCUUCCUUAAAUGGAAGGUCCAGGACUGCCACUCUACCUCGAGGAUAUGGAUCUACGAAGGAGAAGAAUUGGGAAGAAUAUUGGGCAUUCGAACAAUCAAUCAGCAGCGCCAGGGCCUCCGUGAUGGUGUACGACGACGGCCUGAAGCGGUGGGUCCCCUCAGGGUCCAGCUCUGGCCUGUCCAAGGUCCACAUCUAUCACCACACGCAACACAAUACCUUCCGAGUUGUCGGAAGGAAAUUGAAUGAUCACGAGGUGGUGAUAAACUGUGGAAUAGUUCGCGGCCUAAAGUACAACCAGGCGACGGCUACGUUCCACCAAUGGAGGGACGCGCGUCACGUGUAUGGCCUGAACUUCUCGUGCCGGGAGGACGCGGACAGCUUCGCGCGGGCCAUGAUGCAUACCUUGGAGAUCCUAGCGAACAAGCCGGCGGGCAACUCGGCGCCCCCUCCGCCGCAGCCGCCGAACCCCCCCGUGCCUUACAACGGGCACAACAACGCGCACACAUACGACGAAGACAUGGGGUAUAGAACAAUGACCCGUGAGGACGCGGCGAUAUUCCAGCAGCCGCAGUACCACGCGCCCCACAACCAGCAGCACCCGCAGUACCACGCCGCCACCAGCCAGUACCACGCGCCGCAUCAUCAUCAUCAGGUACAACAACCCCAGCAGCCGACUCCCCCCGCGCCGCCGCCGCACGGUGUGCAUCAUACUCUGCCGCAUCAGCCGAGCCAACCCACGCCUGGACAUCAUCGCACUAAUAGUGCGCCGAUGCCUCCAAAUAUGUCGUUGUCGGCGGCGGCGGCGACCGGAGCGCCCGCUCCUCCGCCCGUGCCACCGCAUCAAAACCUACCCCCACCGGCUAAUGGUCCGCUAGCGCCGCCGACGCCGCCCGCCGCUCCACAGCCACCACCAAUGCAGGUGCAGACCGUGGUGACUCAGGUAUCGUCUGGGCCGCCGCCGCCGCCGCCGCCUCCGAACGGCGGGCCCCCGGCCGCGCAGGGACCCGGGGCCCCGGCUACAGUGGGCCCCGUGCUGUCCGCGCCUGUGACGUCACCGCCGCCGCCGCCCCCGCCACCCGCGCCGGCGCCUCCUCCAGACGUGUCGGGUUUGGCUGCUCAGCUACAGCAGGCCAGGCUUAAGAGACAAGCUAAGCAAACGAACGGGCAGUCCCCGGCUCUGCAGGCGGAGGCGGCUUCGCCCCCGGGCGGCGCGGAGCACUCGGGCUCGUCGUCGUCGUCGGGCGGCUCGCGCGCGGGCACGCUGUCGUGCAUGAUGAACGAGAUGGCGCGCACGCUCGCAAGACGACGCGCGCAUCUCGAUAAGGCGGAGGAGUCAUCAACAGACAACUCAGUGAACUCGACGCCGAUGAAGACAUGGGAGCGAUCGGCGACGCUGCCGCACCGACUGCCCGCCGCAUGUAAUGGCAAUGCUUCAAAUUCUGAAACAAUAGCACAACAACAACCACAGUCUCCGCGCUCCGUUCGCAAAAGAUUCGGCUCGGCUAGUGAAGAGACUAUACUUAAGCAAGUGAACGGCGGCAACGAGGGUGGCUGUGUGUCGGCCGCCGAGUGGGACGCCUUCAAGCAGGAGAUGAUGCGCGAGAUGCGACACCAGCUCAACCAGAUUAAGAAGGAGAUCCUCGACGCUAUGAAAGCGGAGUUCGCGCGCAGGUAAGGUCGCAGGUCGCGCCGAGUGUAACUAGUCCCCGUCGCCGAAUGAACACAUAUUUUAUUGUCUACUAUACAUUCAGCUGUCUAAUGUACUCAGCACUGGGCAAUAUUGCUCACUACUAUACAUUCACUGUACCCAAGGCUGGGCAAUAUUGCUCACAACUAUACAUUCAGAUGUCUUAUGUUCUCAAUGCUGGGCAAUAUUGCUCACAACUAUACAUACAGGUACCUUAUGUACUCAAUGCUGUGCAAUAUUGCCUACUACUAUACGUUCAGGUAUCUUAUGUACUCAAUGCUGUGCAAUAUUGCCCACUACUAUACGUUCAGGUAUCUUAUGUACUCAACCCUGGGCGAUAUUGUCCACAACUAUACAUGUUACUAUACAUUUAGCUAAUCUUAUGUACCCAGCGCUGGGCAAUAUUACCCAUGAAGCUGUAAUCACCGCCCGACUACUGGGCAAUGUGCUAACUUUGGAUUUUUUACAUUAUGUAUUUUAUGUUUUUUCUAGGCAAUGUUUAUUGUAAUUUUAAAACAUUUUAAUAUUGCUGUCGCUUUACUUCCAUGAGAAAGACAGUGAUUUUAAGAUCUAUUUCCGUCUUUUAUAAUCCGGUAUGUAAGAGAUAGCAAUAUUUUAUUUGUUGUUAAUGAUAAUUGGAACUGUUAUUUUACUAUGAUAGGCCUAUUCGACCAUCGUACUAAUAAUACAUAUAAAUAAAUGUUCUACAAUCACUAUGAAAUAUGAGUUAUAUCGUUUCUAAAUCGAUUUACUAUAAUCGAUUUUUUAUCGAUUUCAAUUAAUAUUAAAAUAAAAUUAUAAUAUGGGAAAUGCUGUAUGCACAAUAUACCUUAGUAAUUCGACUGUCGCGAUAUUGAUUCAAAACUGUCAAUUGAUGACCACAGCAGUAGAUUUUUUCUCUUGUAAGAAAAUAAUAGAUCUGGAAAGUUAUGUUUUUACACACAAACGUUAGUGUUUUUGUCACAGUAGCAAACCGGUAAAUAAACAAAUGGAUUGUUUUUCCACGUAGUGAAUAGAAUAUUGAAAGUUUUUAAUCAAUAUUGUUAACUUUAUUAAAUAUGACCUAUAAAUUAUGAAGACUUUUUCGCGAAAGGCCUGAUUUUUUUGACAUUUAUACUAUUUUAAUUUACCUUUUUGACAUUCUUUUUUUAAUAUUCUUUAUGAAUUCUUAGGUACAUAAAGACUUUUUUCUUUGCUAAUUAGUUAUAAAUCUAUUUUAUGGGGGAUUAUUAAAAAUAAAAUAUAUGUUCAUCAAUGUAGGCGCGGUUUUAUGUGAUCAAAUGACGUAUUACGUAAUUUAGGGUUGCCCGCAUAGGGUCAGUGUGGACAUGUUGAAAAAACAACGAUAACGUGGCAACACCAUAUUCAAUGUUGCCAGUUAUAAAUCGGUCUAUGUAAAAAACAAUCGAGUUGGUAUCGAUUCGUAAUGAACGCACGAAUAAAACGAAACGUAAAGUUGUGUUUUUUUAAUUUUAUACUUAAAUAAAAUAUUUAUUCGGAUACGUAUUAUGUACGUAGUGAUAAGCUAUUGAAUGUAUUGCAAGUCAUGUUUUGAAUUUUACUUUUUGGAAGAAAAGCUUGAAAAAUUAAUCAAAAACUAAAUAAAUAUAUUGUACAAUGAAAACAAUCAGAAGUACAGUGAUUCGUCAAUUUUGUUACUAACAUGAAAAUGUUACAUUCUAUUAACAUUUUAAGUCAUUUUGAAAAAAUCCAAAAUAAAAUUCAAAACGUAUGCAGUUUUUAAAUAAAAUAUAAAAAUAUAUAAUUGUAAUAUCCAUUUAGCGUCAAGUUAAUUAGUAUUAUACUAUAUUUAUUGUCUCAUAAGCGUUCGAACACGCGAUGUUUAGAUUAGGACAUAUAUACAUACUACGCUAUAUAUAAACUAUAUAAUAAACGUAACUACAACUGAAUUAGGUAAUGAGCAGUCAAAGAAAUCGACUAAUAAUCGUUUACAUAUAAUCGACUAAUUUAUUUUUAUAGAUAAGUACAUCACUAGAGUAAUUUUAAAAAUAACGUGGAUUUCUUUCUCGUGUAUCUAUGAUUUAUAUAUUGCUUAGUUUUUUUUACAAAUAUAACGCAAAUAAUGUUGUUCAAAGCAAUUUACUUAUUCGAACAACAAUAAAAUUUGAAAAUUAACCUAGUCUCUAGAAAACUGACAAUCGGGCUGCGCCCAUUCCAUUUACUAAGAAAACAAAACUAAACUCCGGACAUAUAAAUUUGUAAUAAAUAACAAUAUUAUUAAAAACACAUUUGCUGACAUUUCCUUAAAGAUGACAAAAAAUUGCUAAUCUUACUUUAAAAAAAAAAUAGAAAUAGUAUUUCUGUAAAUAAAUAAUUAUAUACUAAUCUUGUGACAUUCAUAGAAAUUUUAAUUAAUACAUAAGGUAUUUUUAACUGACAGUUAAAACAAUGGUUAAAUGAAUAACCCACAAUAUUCAAUAAAAAAAAACCAUUUCGUAACUGUAUCUAACAUAACUAAAAAACUGAAUUUUAAAAAAUAACUGUUCAUUACCUAACCUUAACCGUGUUAUUAUACUUUAACCGUAGUUUUCCGGGACACCCUUAACUCUCCAUUAGAACGUCUUCCAUAAAAAUGUAGGUUUUUAAUCCCAUACUCAUAUUUUUGUAGUGGCAACACUAAACGCUUCCAGAUUUUAUCAACAGUUUGCCUUUAAAUUUGACGGCUGACAACAUUAGCUAAUUGAUUUACACGGAAAAUAACCUAACAACAUUAAUAUGCUUUAUUUUUCUCGUGCUUUACGCUAACUUUACUUCUUUAAUUUUAAUACAAAACUUCACUUAUUGAAUACAAAAACAUAGUCCAAUCUUUUUUAUAUUUUUUGUUGCCUUACAACUCGACUGGUUUUAUGCCUAAUUGCUUCCAUUUUUGCCACAUAUACAUUCAUACACGGCUGAAACUUUUCUAAAACAUUCCUAAAGACAGUAUGAAAUCGUUUUUCAAUUUUUUUUACUUUAAGCUUCGACUGAUCUAUUUUCAUUCCGAAAACUAAAAGACAGGAUUGUUAACGCCGAAAUUCUACCACGUAUGUUUUUUUUUAUUAUACUUGACAUUGUUUUAAGAAGAUCAAACCCAGAGACAAUAUCUACUGGGGCUGAGGAAUUCUUCAAGGAUUACCGCAGUCCUGGUACAAAAAGGGCCCCAGAAGGAACAUGGUGGGUUUUAGUCAGUAAGAGUCUGACACUCCCUCACGCUGCUAAACCACAGUGGGAGGGGUCAUUUCAUGACAUCCCAGCUUCAAAAAAUAAAAUAACGUAGCUUUUAAAAUGGCGGAUAUUUUGUUUAUAACUCCAAAUAGCAAUUCAUCAUUACAUUUUCACUCAUCGUCAUCAAAACUUUACUCCAGGCACUGGCCCCAAAAUUCCAAGCCAACGUUGGCUCAAUAGUUGAUACGGUCGACUCGAAUAUUUUCGUCGAUCUCAGACUAGGGCUCGUUUGGCCAACAACAACAACGUAAGGUUCUUUAAUCAUCAUUGUCGUCUUCAUAUUGAAGUUUUGAGGUCAUUAAGCUAGUUUCAAAGUAGUAGUAGAGCCCUUGUGCAAGGCUCGCCCGGGGAAGUACUACCACCACAUCUAUUUCUUCCUCCCAUGAGGUUGAAGGGUGUGGGUGCCGGUGAUAUGUCACGCACACGAGACAGACCACCUUUUGUCUCCAAGGUGGACAACAUCAGCCAACAUCAUGAUGUUCCCGUCUAUCAUUGUCAUCUUCCACCAGAUAGACGUCAAUUCCUGCCGUGCUACUAACAUAACGGCUUUGUACUGUGAUAAUAGUUAGUAUUAUCAUUUCAAAGUCCAUCUCCGUCAUAAGAGCUCAAACACAAUAAUCAUCAUCAUUUUUAGAGUAGAAUCAUCGUCAUUUUUAGAAUAGAAUCAUCAUCACUUUUAGAAUAGAAUCAUCAUCAUUUUUAGAAUAGAAUCAUCAUCAUUUUUAGAAUAGAAUCAUCCUCAUUAUUAGAGUAGAAAUCAUCAUCAUUUUAGAUUAGUAUCAUAACCGUAUCACACGAUCUUUUCCAUGUUGGAUUCAGUUUCCAGUCUAACCGGAUGCAGCUGGGUACCGGAGCGACAGCCCACCUAGUCCACUCAAUACAGGUACCCGAACAACCCCGAUUUGGCUGUUUGCUGUCUAAUCACAGGAAUACCAUCAAACAGGCACAGGUAUUAGGGUUUAGAUAUCAAAAUAGCAGUCGCACAGUCAUUCACUAGAAGUAGAAUCGCCAUUUUCAUCGACAGAAGGUCUUCACUAGGAUUAGUUUUUGCUUUUCAAGAACUGGUAGAGGAAUAAUUGGCGAAUUUUUCGGACGUGGGACUACUGAGCUGGCUCCAGCGUGAAAUGCGUAAGGCAUCCUCACCUGAGAUGCUUCGACCAUUUCAUGAGCUCGAUUCUCACGUUAUUUAACAAUUAUGUUCUGACAGUCAUAAUCCAUGAAGGGUCUGGAUUUAGCCUCGGGACAUAAUUUUCUAAACCUCCGUCCGCUGGCUUGUCCUUCAAGCUCCAGCAUCCAGCAGAACAUCGCUGCUGCAGUUUGCAAUAUAUUCCCCAGUUCACAAGCACUUGGGUGGUAUUAUCACCCCACCCGUCCGUGGGGGGACGGAACAGAAUACACUCUCCCCCCCGCCACCGGGAAAGCGAAUCGUAAGAGGCGAUGAACCCGGCCUAGGUGGUAGGAGCUUGGACGAGCUACUUUGUGCAAAGCACCGCGCCCAAGCCCCGACUGGGUAGACACCACCCUCUUACUUAAGUCUGUGAAUCUUGUUCACUGAAAGUAAGAGAACGGACUGCCUCGAUUACGUUGAACGGUGUUUGUUUUGUUGGACGACCUUUGUCAGCGCAGCGGGGCUUUCUCAGCGUAACUCCGCCAGGUUGUUGAUGUGUUAGACAAACACCGUUCAUGUCUUCGAGGAUCGUGACCGUUACCAGAUUAUUUUUUUUACCGUCACCCGUUUCUAGGCUAGGCUUUGAUUCGUUUUAAUUACUUUGCUGAUUAGCAGUUUUCUGUGUCCUUCGGUCAAACCCUAUGCCGUUAGGGCUUUGGUGUUUCAUUUAUUUGGCUAAAGGACUGGUGUCAUACAGUCUAUACUGGUCUUUUGGCGAACCCCGGCAGGCCAUCCGGCUGACGUCGCCACGUCUGAUGGCGUCUAACAUUAGCCAGCUGGCUUGUGCAGUCUCGUGGGCCUCCGCCCUCCGGCGGUGGGACGACCCGACCCUCGACCCAGCACGGGGCCCAAGAGACGUGGGCAACAUUUUAGUUUGGCAUCAUUAGGCUAAGAAAGGCAUCAACAAAAGGUAUCUCGGAGAAAUUAAUACAUCAUCAGUAGACCCACUCAGUAACGAUUUCUUGCACACGCCUAGGCUCCUGCAAAUCGGUACUGCGUUGCUGUAGAAUGUUCCUCUGUAUAUAUUUCCCGUAGAUGUGUCGAUGGCGACGUUAUCGAGUUCCCACUUUCCUUGGUAGCGUCGCCUCGACACUUAGGUCCCCGUCUGCGCGAGGCUUGCAUACGAGCGGGCUAGCCGCUCUCGAGUCCUCGCAGUGUCUCUGUGGCACACACUCUGGGUUUGAUCUUCUUUUAUUUUUAUCCGGACGUUAUACUAUCAAUAUGUUUGCUAUAUAUUCAGUUUCCAAAUUAUACGCGACCCCUUUCUGUGAAAGCGGUCGAUUGGUCAUUUAAUAUUGAGUUCUUUAUGAAAAUUUCCACCAUACUUAAGUUCUCUUUCCGACUCUUGGGAUAAUUUAAGACCUCAGGGUGUCCUUUGUUUUAAAUUUCAUUGUCAAUUUAUCGUGCUGUAGAGGGAUUUCAAAGGACAUAAAUGCACUCAAGCAAGUCCUCGUCGCAAUUGCAUUAUUAUUUCCGUACGUGAAUAAUUUUGAUGUUGGCAACAUUUUAGAUUAUCGGUUAUAUUUAUUACUAUACUAGGGCAUUGUACCCGUGUCCAUAACUGUAAGUUUUCAAGUAACCAUCUAGUAUUACGAUAAUCUUAUAAAGUCACAGUCUAUUCGCGAAAACAGUGUGGAAAUUCUUCUAAGCUGAGACUUAAUGAAAACUGCGUGCCGUAAUAAUACGCUUUUAGAAAGAUUGAUACACUGUUUAACUAAACUGUGACAUUGACGCACUUUAUUUUUACACGUUAAUGUGACGGCAUUCGUGCUAACUGGGCUAUGGUGACGUAUUAUCUUGUAAAAUUAAAACUGCGUCUAAAUGUCGUUUUAUGAGUUUCAUGAUUUUUCGCAGAGCCACUUAAAGUCCAAAAAGUUAUAUUCAGUUCAUGGCAAUAUUGGUCAACCAAGCUUAGAUAGAUUCCCAAAGAUAAAAAAAUGUUUUAAGACAAUGCGAGGCUUAGCCGAGUCUACCAAAUACAUAUGGUCUUACCGUAAAAAAGUGAAAAGGGCAUACGUCAUGUGUUUAAGAAAAUUUUGUAUGGGAACAUUUUCUUGAACAAUGGCCAACGCUUGUCUUACUUUUUUUGUAGCAAGACCAAUAGUUUUUGAGAACCGAUCUAGGCUUUAAUAAAGUGGUAAUACUGACUAAUGUUGCCAUAUACAGCAGUAAUGCUUUAGGACUCAAAGUGGAGAUGCGUAAAAUUUCUAGCUCAUAAAACGGCAAAAAUGUUGCCAACUUUCACCCCCUAUGUCCUCCUUGAUUUAAAUUAAAAUUUUCCUACUCUCCUAUCCAUUUGAUUUGAUGACUUUGUUAUGUGUGCAAAAAAUAAAAACUUGGAAUUUUUAUCUUUUGACAUAUGAUAGAGUUGGUCAAAUUAAAUGGCUGAAAGUUUGUAGCCAAGUUACUACUGUUAUUGAGGAUUUUGCACCUAUCUACGUUUUGUAGUAAUGUUAUGCUUUCGCACCAAAACCCUCAAAAACAGUAGAGCCAUUGGCUCAAAUAUACCGUUUGACAUUUACUAAAUUGACAGUUAAAGGAAAACAUUGUUUUUACUUUUUUAUUCUGUGCCCACAAUCGGCCUAUUUGUAAGAAACUAUUCACACUUGACAACACUACAUUUACUAUUACAACGGACAGACAGUUUUUGAAUGUUUACGUAGGUAUAAAAUCCUCUUUUGGGAUUUCUUAUUCAAUAAGAAAGUUCGCUUUUGCGUACACGCAGUCGCCACACAGGAACCUGAGAAAAUACAUGUAUAAAGAACCCCCUUUUAAUAAAUAGUAGAUAAAUAACUUAUGUAAAAAGUCUCUUCACGUUAACAUUCGAGAUUAUGACUAUGUCCAACCUCCAUAUAGAUAUGAGUGAAAAAAACAGCUCAAAUCAUGUACCCUUUUUGAAAAUUCCACUCCUUUUAGUUAACGACUGAAAAAGCAUUUAUAAUCGAGAAAUAUAUAAUUUAAUUUUUGUCGCUGAAAAUAUAAUGAUACCCUAUAUAGAACGUACAUAAAAAAAUGUAGUGAUAUAUUAUUGUAUAAGUAAGGCUAAGUAUUAAAAUGUUAAAAACUAAACUAACCAAAUUUUAGUUGGUUUACUAAUUUAAUUAUUAUUGGUCUCAGUUAUGUCAAAGAUAGAAAAGAAUGUAUGCCAUGAAGGGAGAAAUGCUGAAAUGUUGAAUAGUGCGUUGACUCUAUAUAAUUUUGUUAUUAUUUCAGAGUACUCGCGGUUAUUUGAAAUAUGUAACAGUUCUGUAAGGACUGCCGAGGUUUUAGUCGAUUUUCUCAUUUAAAAUAUAUAAAUGAAGUGCCACAAAUAUGUAAUUCCGUAGUCUAAUUGAUCACAAACAUAUGAUCACUUACUAUUGAUAAAAAAAUUGAAAUACGAAUACUAGUGAUGGACUAAAUGCUAGAAAAUCGACUAAAUAGACAAUUAUCCAGUAUUUUUGUUUAUAACGACUUAAAUUCAUAUUUUUGUUAGUAUUUUUUGUGGUGCAUUAAUAAAUGUAAGAUGAUUAAUGUAAGGUGUGAAAAAUAAUCUAGAGAAUGCAACAUAUCAGUGAUGACAACAUUGUAAUCAAUAUUGCCAUAUAAUAAAAAAUAAAUUAAUGUAUUUGUGGGUUUAAAUUGUGCCCAAAGAUCUCCUUUACCUUUUUUCUAAAUCAAAAUUAAUUUGCAAUCUAAAUAAAUGAACACUCUUUGACUGAAUAGGUUUACUUUCACUAAGGUAUUGCGAAAGAGAAAAAAAGACAUGAUUAGAUAAAGGCCUAGGCACCGUAGUUUGGUAAAAAUACUAUAAGAAAAGAGGUUUUUUCAACAAUCAGUUUCUUAUUCUCGAGAUAUAUUUUUCACACUUUGCACGAUGUUUAUUGAAUGGAAUUUUUGUGUAAUUUAUUGCGAGACAGUCUCUCAUAUAUCGUAUAUAUUGUCGCUAGUGUAGGUUACCAUAACGUGUAGUAAUGUAUCUAUGUGUAAUUCCAAGUCACAUUGUGUAAAUAGAAUUUUUGGUAACGAAUUAUAUUUUUUUGUGAUCGUA